UCAGAAGUAUACCAAACCUAUGAUUACUAUCAACCGGACAGCUAUGAAGACUAUGGGAGAUAUCAUUCUUAUGAGCCAUACUAUUACAGACCCAAACCUAUACCACAUUACACACAUGAAACACCUUACAGACCAGAUUACGGGUCUUAUAGACCAGAACCUUACAUACCAGUUGACACCCCUUACAGGCCAUAUGACAGGCCUUACAGACCAGUUGACAAGCCUUACAGACCAUAUGACAGGCCUUACAGACCAGAGCCGCCGAAAUAUUUCCGAUCCCUGGAUUCGGACGAUUAUUCAGAGGACGAGCACUAUAUAGCAAACUAUAAGCCAACAAACAAGAAGAAACCGAUGUUGAAGAUCAAGGAUUUGCACCAAAUGAAGAUCAAUCGCGGAAUCGGUCAGAAAAAAGACUCAGUGGCCGAAGAGAAGGUCGGACACGGGGUUCAGUCGCGAUCGCCGGGAGUGCAGAAACGGUCGCCGAAAGACGCUUUGGGCCGAAGUAUGUCUCAAAACAAUUGCGGCCAGAGUUUCGAUUUGGCCGAACGAAUAGUGGGCGGAACCGACGCUUCCGAAGGCUCUCAUCCGUGGAUUGUAGCCAUUCUGAAGAACGGCGAGCCCUGGUGUGGGGGCUCUAUCAUUAACCACCAAUGGGUGAUGACGGCCGCGCAUUGUUUUAUGGGAGACGAUCCGCCGGAAACAUCUUCGUGGGCCAUACGGGUCGGCACUAACAACAGAAACAAUGGCCCGACAUAUAAGAUAAAGAAAGUGAUAACUCACGAAAGGUUUAAUUUGGACGGAAUGUUGAACUCAGACAUAGCGAUGAUGAAAGUGGCCAAAGAUAUACAGUUCUCAAACGUGGUUAAGCCGGUGUGUCUGCCGGACAACAGCUACGACGAGCCGACGACCAUGAAGAUGAUAGUGGCCGGUUGGGGCGCCGUUAAGUUCGACGACGACAACCUUCCCGUCAAACUACAGGACGUCACUCUAAAUCUGGUCAAAGACGCCGAUUGCGCCACAAAAUACAAAGAGAAAAAGUAUACACUCUAUAAGUCACAGCUUUGCACCUGGAAUUACAAACAGGACGCCUGUCAGGUAUGGCCACAUCGCAUACCCGUCCCUUAA